AUGCGCUAUUUGCCGCAGGCGACUGCCGCGCGGAUCCGCGCGGCGCUGCGCAUGCCGAGCAUAAGCAGCCUUGUGUAUGAGCUGUGCACGAACGCGAUCGCGGCGGGGGCGACCGAUGUCGAGAUCCACGUCGAUCUCGAUACAUGGACGUUAGCAUGCACGGAUCGCGGCGCCACCUUUACAGCACGCCCGCCGUUUGAAACACAGCACACGCUCGGGAUGCUGCCAUGGCUCGGGAUGCUGGACAUUCGCGCCGGAGCACCCACGCAAUUCACAUUUAUCCAACAGGAUGCACGCACCCUCUGCCACGACGAAGCGCCCUCUUCGUCUUUGGCACGACAAAGCACGACCUGCGUGCGCGUGCGCGACGUGUUCAGCCGGCUGCCGGUGCGCCGCAACAUGCUCCGCACGCGUGCGGCAAAGCAACGAGAGCUCGCGCGAAUUCGCACGCAGCUCUGCACACUUGCGCUCUUUCACCCAUCGACAAACGUAGCGCUCUAUCACGGUAGUAUAUGCGCGGUGCGGAUUCCACACGCGCCCUCGAUCCCUGCGCGCCUGUGCCGCAUGGCGCGGCCGAGGCCCAAGCAUGUGCACAGCGUGUGCACGUUGCAGCGCUACGCUUCUUGGGAGGUCACGAUGCGUGCCUGGGUCGGUGCUCAUGGCGAAGCGACUACAGCGCUGCAGUACAUUGCCGUGAACGGCACGCCGAUACCACGCGAGCGCGGUGCGGCUGCUAUGUACGCGCUGCGCCAUGCGCACCUGGCAGAUGCGCUGCCUUGGCAAGACGGCGCAACGUAUGCGUCGAUUUGCGCUGGCGAUGGCUCGCUGCACCGCCAUGUCGCUUCGAUGCUGCACACGCUCGUCCAGCCACGCUCCGCCGCACAUACACACGCGCUGUUUGCCGUCGAUCUUUUCAUCACAGCAGCGCCAUGGAGUGCUCGAGAAGCGCCGCGCAGCUGGUACAUGCUGCUCGAGGAGCUCGUGUGUGCCGCGAUGGACGAAGCGCCGAAGAUGCCGCGCACACUACCGCGCACACUGCCGAGCACGGUACGCAGUGCCUACUUUGCGCCGCACCCGUCGCGCGCGGCAGUGCAUGCGGACCUAUACCCACUAGCACGCGUUGAGCCUGGCGAGGCUUUUGCGCAUACUGCACUGCGGCGCGCCCAUGUACUUGCGCAAGUGGAUGCAAAGUACAUUGUAUGUACAUGCCGUACCGGCGACGCAAGCUGGCUAUUGUUUGUCGAUCAGCACGCCGCAGACGAGCGUGUGCGCCUUGAGCAGGAAAUUGCAGCGUACGUCACUGCUUGCGUGCGUGCACAGACAGAGGCGCAUGCAGCCCAUAUACAAGCACUUGCGUCGCCGUUGCACCUGGCCCCGGAUCCGUCGAUGCUCCCGCGCGAUACACUUGCGUUUUGGGGUUUUGGGAUUGAGUAUACGCCGACAGGAUGCAUUGUGCACCGCAUUCCACACAUCCUCGCGCGCGCAUACAAGCGAGAGCCUUUGCUUGUGCAUGCAGUGCUCACGGCGUUUACGCACCAAAGCGAAGGGGAAGUGCGCGAAUGGUCGCAAUGGCUACGCACGGCCGCACAUGCACCGGGCGGCUCAAGCAUUGUAUCGGCGAUGCGGUACCUGCCGCGCGUCUUUGUACACCUGAUCGAGACGCAUGUGUGCCACACGUCGAUUCGGUUUAAUCAGGCGCUUAGCAAGCAGCAAUGUAGCAUGCUUCUUGCGCAGCUCGCAGAUACCUCGUUUCCGUUUCUAUGUGCACACGGGCGCCCGUCUAUAAUCUGUAUAGCUACUACCUCCGUACCGCGGCGGCGUCCUGUAGAUUGGGGGCGUGUAGAGUAG